AUGCGAAGUGCGGCUCUCCAGGCUUUCCGUACGGCUCGUCGUGCACCAGUACGGAAGGUCGUCACUAGGAAACCGUGCGCCGUCUCGUUCUCUAGCAGCCGGCCGUUCGGCCUCCGUCCUUCCUCCGCCGGUAAACAUCCACCCUUCAUUCCUGCAUCCUUGCAGUCCUCCAUGCAUAUUCGAAACUUCUCUAUUGCCGUGAUCUCGACAGUGGUGGCUUCCGGGGCCUGGUACGCUUAUCAAGGCAACACCUCGCAGCCCAUCCCGGUAGCAGGCUUGAACGCCACCUCGUCCUCGCAGCUCCGUUCGAUUUCGACGUCGACUGCACAUGCUGAGGACGUCCCAGAGUCAACCCGCCGAGCGCUUCUUGUCGAUAAUGAUCAAUUCUAUACCGCAACCCUCUCGGGAGAACAGCCUCUAUUUAAACAAACAGACGACUCGGACCGCCGCGUGCUCGAGAUGUUGACGCCAGAACAAGCCACCCAGAAGCUGAGGAAGAAUGAGGAGUCGUACUUGGUGAACCGUGGCAAGGGCGUUGUCCGGUACGAUGUGGUGCAGGUCCCCAGCAACUCGCCCAUUGAAGACGACCAUGCCGAGAAGGUCGUCGAGGUGCCGUCCACGGUCGCGGCGGCCAAGGAAGGCGAUGCCAACAGCGAUUGGAUGUUCUGGGCUGUGUUUGACGGCCAUUCGGGCUGGACAACUUCGGCGAAGCUGCGCAAUGUUCUUAUCUCUUACGUGGCCCGUGAAUUAAAUUCUACCUACAAAGCUGCUGCGACCGACCCUUCUCUGCUGUCUCCCACGUCCAAUGCGGUGGAUGCUGCCAUCAAGCAGGGAUUCGUUCGACUAGACAACGAUAUCGUGCACAACAGCGUCGACAAGGUCCUCAAGUCCAACUCGCGGCGAAUGGCGGCGGAGAUGCUUGCCCCCGCCCUGUCCGGCUCCUGCGCUCUACUUGCUUUCUACGACUCGCAGUCUAAGGAUCUGAAGGUGGCCGUCGCUGGUGAUUCCAGAGCGGUUUUGGGCCGUCGUGCUUCCAACGGAAAGUGGUCAGCCACCGCCCUCUCGGAGGAUCAGACCGGCGGCACUCCGUCCGAGAUGAAGCGCCUGCGGGAGGAACACCCUGGCGAGCCGAAUGUCGUGCGCAACGGCCGAAUCCUCGGCCAGCUGGAACCCAGCCGUUCCUUUGGCGAUGCAUUCUACAAGUGGAGCAAAGAGACCCAGGAAAAGAUCAAGCGACAGUUCUUCGGACGGACCCCCCACCCUCUUCUGAAAACUCCACCUUACGUUACUGCCGAACCUAUCAUCACGACCACCAAGGUUGAGCCCAGCAAGGGUGAUUUCGUGGUCAUCGCUACCGACGGUCUCUGGGAGAUGCUGAGCAACGAGGAAGUCGUCGGACUUGUGGGCGAAUGGGUCGAGCAUCAGAGAUCUGGAGCCGCGAACGGUAGUAACAAGAGCUGGCUGCCGAGCUGGUUGGGAUUCGAGAACAAGCAGCUCCCCGUGGAAGCGGCGAAGGAGGCGGGCACUGAUGGCCAGCGCCGCCCUAUCCGUCAGCAACAAUACGAUAUUGCGGGCGCCGCCAGUCGGUUCACCGUCGAGGAUAACAAUGCCGCCACUCACCUUGUCCGUAACGCCAUGGGCGGUAAAGACAAGGACAUGGUGUGCGCUCUCUUGACUCUUCCCAGCCCGUACUCCCGCAGAUACCGGGACGAUGUAACCGUAGAGGUCAUCUUUUUCGGCGACGGUCCUGACAACCGCAGCAUCGCGAUCAACGAGGAAGCCAGCGCAUCGGAGGAAAACGUCAAGGCCAAGCUUUGA